AUGAACACUUACAUUCACCCUUGUUUGAAUAAAUCUAACUACCUUCAAAACAAAAGUGACUCUACCACCAAUUACUCGAAGUUGAAAGAGAUAGUUAAAACAUCAAACAUGACAUUUCCAGUUAAAUAUACUUUUCAAAUUGAUUCGUUUAAUACCUGUGAUCGAUUCGUACGAAAAGUCAAAGAGACACUUUUUGAGCUUGAUGAUGUUUUAGUAGUAGCAGUGAAUGCUAACAACGGGGAAGUCACCGUCAUAAGUACUUCUCAAUCUCCUGAAGGAAUCAAAUCUGCUCUUGAGGGUGCAUUUCCAACAAAACAAAUCUUUCUAUUACAAGAAAUUAUUCAUCAAGAUCCACCAUCUACUCUUUACACACAACAAACCCCUGAUCAAAGUUCGUUUGAUCUUUCUAGUGUGGCUAGAUCAUUGCCAAUUGCAUCUGAUCAUGUUGAUGGGUUACAAAAUGUGGAGAUUGAGUGUAGUAGGAUCAACCAAUCAAGUACUUCUAGUUCUGGAUCUAUAGUCAACAAUACGACUCCUGCACAAUCAUCAUUAAAUAUUCAACAAUCAGAGAACUAUAGUUGGAUUUACAAAAUUGAAGAGAUAGAUGAUGAUUAACUCAAGAUCAAGAUUAUAGCUAGUUAUCCGACUAUAUACUAAAGGGAGUGAACAAGUUAUAUAAUUUUAUGUUUUUAAUAUGAAUAAGACACAACAUGCAAUAAAUGAAUGAG